ACAUUUGAGAGCAGUAUAGCGUCGGCACUACGGCAGUGAUAGUCAAACAGGAUUCGUUAAAAUUUAAAGAUUUAAACAACUCUCGCUUGGACGACUUAAACCCAGUUCUAGAGUUGGAUUGGUUGUGAAUUGGUGGAGGUGACCAUUUCUCCUGGUGUUCACUUCACCCAUGCGAGGAGUCGUCACAAGAGCAAAAAUAUAUAAUCAUCUCUCAUCAGUGAUUUCAUCAGUGAAUUUGGUGUUCAUUUUUUUUCUUUUUUUUUCUCUCCUCUGUGGUGGUGCCCUUCGUUGUCGCCUUUGGUUUCGUUUUUCAAACAACAACCCUCUUGGUUGUUCUUUAUUCGUGUUCUUCUAUUUUUUUUACGAGGAAAAAUAAAUAAUUCACCGCCGUCACCAUGCUAUCUUGGGGAGCAGCUAUCAAGUCUUUUACAAUUUUCGGUCUCAAUUCCUUAGAAUGGGCCGGUUUAGCGAUAACGACGUUCAUCAUUGUCUAUUUUGGACUUGAACUCUUAAAUGUUAUCUACAACACUUGGCUUGGUCAACUCAUGGGGACUUAUGCUGACCUCAAGAAGAUGGGAAAGUGGGCAGUUAUCACUGGAGCCACGGACGGUAUUGGAAAGGCUUAUGCUGAAGAGCUUGCUAGAUUAGGCAUUGACGUCGUUUUAAUCAGUCGUUCUUUGGAUAAACUUAAAAAAGUUGCUGCAGCUAUUGAGUCAGAGUUCAAAGUAAAUGUGAAAGUAAUAGCGAUCGACUUCACUCAGGAUGUCGAGAUUUAUGAGACGAUUCGUAAAGAGUUGGAGGGGCUGGAAAUUGGGACGCUGAUCAACAACGUGGGGAUGGCGUACCCUUAUCCUGAGUACUUUCUCGACAUGCCCAACGGCGACAAGUUGUGCAUGGAUAUGAUUUUCUGCAAUUUGGUCUCCGUCACAAUGAUGAUUCGUGUCGUGAUGCCACAAAUGGUGGAAAGACGACGCGGUGUGGUGGUCAAUAUCGGAUCUAUCGCUGCCAUUGCUCCCACCCCGUUGAUGUGCGUUUAUGGUGCUUCAAAGGCCUUUAUGGAUAAGUUGUCGCGGGACUUGAUAACCGAGUAUUCCGAUAAGGGUAUCAUCGUCCAAAGCGUGCUUCCCGGAUAUGUCGCCACAAAUAUGAGUCGUAUACGAAUGUCCUCCUACACAGCACCCUCAGCUACGGAAUACACCAAAGUGGCUUUGAAAACGAUCGGACUGCAAAGCAGAACGGCAGCUUAUCCUCCUCACCGUGUUAUGCUUUUCGGAAUCAGAUGGGGUGACUUUUUCCUCCCCAACUAUCUGGCUCAGGUUUCCUACCGGACGAUUCACCAAAUGUGGCUGAAGGCCAAGAAAAAUCAAGCACGAAGAGCUAAAGCACAAUAGAAAGGUGUCCUCUCACAGACCAACUCGAAGAUAAUUAAGACAAUGAUCAUAUUGUUAUUGUUAUUUGACAUUUGUCCCUUCAUCUCAUCCACAACUCAACACUUGAUCCGCGGACUGGAAAUUUUUUAAACUUGGACAGUAAAGGACAAAUAGAGCUCACUAAUUUUAUUUUACUUUUUCCGGGAUUGCGAUCGAGGUCAUGGUUUUAUUAGCCUUUCUUGCAUGUCCUCCUUUAGUGUUUCUUGAUGAUUUAUUAUUUCUGUCUCGCCACCCUCUUUGAUAAUAAUAUUAUAUAUUCAUGAGUUUGUUGCAUAGUUUUACUUUAUGGUUUUUAAAAGUCUGACAACUGCUCAUCCUUGAUGAUGGGACAUUAGCUUUCCUUGAACGUACAUGCAUAAUUGUGCGUCACGAAUUCUUCCCGUUCAUAUUUUGCAAGCUCUGUUUGUGUGCUUAACAAUUUGCAAAGGAUUACAACUUAUUACUAUAUUACAAUUUUUAAAAAGCCAGUCUACUUGAGCAUAAUUAUGGGCAUAAUCCUCUACGCAACUACAUAAGUAAGUACUUACAUAUACGAAACUGUGCAAUGCAAGCUAUGCAAGUCUUGCUACAUAAUGUGGUAUUACGUCAAGUGUAUAAAUUUGAGAUUAUCAUUUUUCUAUAAUAUUUCGUGCAAAGUACUGACGAUGAGUGCUCCAUAACUAGUGAUUCAACUUAAUUUUAGUUCGUCACUGUGUGAUACAUAAAUAUGUAUGUACUUAAGUAGACACAAAUGUCGAGAAAAUGUUGUUUUUUGUUAAUAAAUUUUUGGAGCAGUA